AUGAUUGCUGGUGGUAUCGGCGGCUCAACCGGCGAUCUGCUCAUGCAUUCGCUGGAUACAGUCAAGACACGACAGCAGGGCGAUCCGAAUGUCCCGUCAAAAUACACAUCAUUGGGACGAUCAUACUACACAAUAUGGAGACAGGAAGGCGUAAGACGAGGUCUGUACGGGGGAUGGAUCCCUGCGCUUGGCGGCUCGUUUCCCGGCACCGUCAUGUUUUUCGGCACAUAUGAAUGGAGCAAGCGAUUCUUGAUAGACCACGGCCUACAGCACCACUUGGCAUAUCUUUCCGCAGGUGAGUGCCGUCCCAUGCUCUGGAACUUGGGGGUUGGCUCUCGCACGCUGAGCAGUGUGACGGAGAGUUUGCUGACCAUGGCUGCAGGAUUCCUCGGUGACCUCGCCGCCUCCGUCGUCUACGUCCCCUCGGAGGUCCUCAAGACUCGACUACAGCUCCAGGGACGCUACAACAACCCCCAUUUCCGAUCCGGAUACAACUACCGAGGCACGCUCGACGCCGCGCGCACCAUUGUCCGAACGGAAGGCGCGUCGGCCCUCUUUUACGGGUACAAGGCCACGCUAUACCGAGACCUGCCCUUCUCCGCGCUCCAAUUCAUGUUCUGGGAGCAGUUCCACGCCUGGGCGCGCGUAUACAAGCAGAGCCGCGAAAUCGGCGUGCCGCUGGAGCUUCUCACCGGUGCAGCAGCAGGUGGUCUCGCGGGAGUCAUCACCUGCCCUCUCGACGUGGUCAAGACGCGGCUCCAGACCCAAGUCAACCCCUCCUCAGACCAGGUGUCCAAGUUAAAAGAGGUGGCUUCCUCUCAGAAACGCCACAUCUCAACAUCAUCGCCCAGCACGCACCGCCCGCAACCUGGUGCCAUUGCCCUCGAAACAUCCUCGGUCAUCACCGGUCUGAAGGUUAUUUACCGCACCGAAGGUCUGGCCGGGUGGUUCCGUGGCGUCGGCCCUCGCGGUGUAUGGACCUUCAUCCAGAGCGGGUGUAUGCUGUUCCUGUACCAGCGGUUGCUGCACCAGCUGAAGGUGAUGAUGCCUGCUGAGAAGGACGAAUUGUAA